AUGGCGAGAUCAGAAGAAAAUGUACUGCUCUUAUCCUUAUACGCAGUACUAAUCUUAUGUUCUUUGGCGCCGCCGUCGCACGGCGCUAAGCCACCGGUUGGGGUGGCCAGAAAAGAAGAUAUCCCAUAUAUCAAAUGCCAAGUGUGUGAGAAAUUGGCCUCCCAAUUGUACCAUCAAGUACAAGCUAAACAAGCUGAGAUUUCUCCUAGAAAGAUAUCAGAGUAUCAAGUAAUAGAAAUUGCAGAGAACGUUUGCAAUCUGAAGAAACAAGAAGCUGAUUGGAUCCUCAAAAUAGAUGUUGUGGAGAAAGGUGAUAAAUUAGAGCUCGUCGAGCAAGAUUCCGAAGGACAGUGUAAUUCAGAGUGCAAAACGAUAGAGCGAGCCUGUCAAGAGGUCUUGGGCUAUUCUGAUACUGAUGUAGCAGAAUACUUGUAUAAAAAGAAACCCCAGCUUGAAUCUUUGGUGAAUUAUCUCUGUAAGGACCUUACUGAAGCAUGCAGUUCGAAGCCACCACCUGUUCCUAAGGAUAGGACACCUGGAGAGCCAUUUGUAGCCAAAUCUGCUAAAGAGGCCGAAAUGGAAAAGUUGAUGAAAUCAAUGCAGGGUAUGCCUGGAGCACCUGGCAUGAAGAUGUACUCACGCGAAGAUUUGAUGAACCAAAAUUUCGGUGAUGAAGAUGAUGAUGACGAUGAUGAUGAUGACGUCACCUCCAAAUUGGGGAAAGUUCUAAGAGAAAAAGAUGAUAAAAAGUAUGACUGGAAGGAGCGAGUACGAAGAGGGGUCGUUGAUGCUGGUGAGAAACUAAAAGGUCAUGCAGACAGGGUUUCAAACAGGAUUAGACAGUGGUGGAGAAGCAGGAAAACAAAGAGUUCCAAGUCUGGUAAGGCAGAGCUAUGA